AUGCAACAGUAUCAACAAUCCCUUCAAAACGAUAGUCAUUCCGUUAUACUUGUUACAGCUGGGUAUGAUAAUACCGUUCGUUUUUGGGAAGCGCUUAGUGGCAUUUGUUCAAAAACUAUUAAACAUCCAGACUCACAAGUGAACCGUCUUUGUAUUUCUCCUGAUAAAACCAUUUUAGCAGCAGCAGGAAAUCAUUCGGUGCGACUUUAUGAUAUUGCCAGUAACAACGAUAGUCCUUUUAUUGUAUUUGGAGAGCACACGGGUAAUGUGAUUGCAACUGGGUUUCAUGGAGAAGGACGUUGGAUGUUUACAGCAAGCGAAGAUGGUCAUUUAAAAAUCUGGGACACGCGGUCCGGUAGAAACCCAGUGUUGACACGAAAUUUCGAUAAUGGAGCUCCCAUUACGGAUGCGGUGAUGCAUGCGAAUCAAGGCGAGUUAAUUACGUGUGAUCAGAAUGGGGCGGUCAAGAUAUGGGACUUGACGGCCCAUUCGUGUACCCAUGAACUUGUGCCUGAGGAAGGUGUCCCGAUGCGUUCUGUCACGGUGGCUUCGGACGGGUCCAUGUUGAUUGCGGUCAAUAAUAAAGGUAAUUGUUAUGUCUGGAAGUUGUCUAAUGGUUCAGAUGCCAACGAUGUAGAACCGGUUCAUCAGUUUCAGGCGCAUAACAAUUAUAUUUUGCGUGUGAUGUUGAGUCCCGAUACCAAGCUUUUAGCUACUUGCUCAGCAGAUAACACGGCCAAGAUUUGGAACGCAGGAAAUAACUUUGAACUAUUGUUGACGUUGCAAGGACAUCAAAGAUGGGUUUGGGAUUGUGCUUUUUCAGCAGAUUCUGCCUAUUUAGUAACAGCUUCGUCAGAUCAUGUUGCAAGGUUAUGGGAGCUUCAAAAUGGAGAGACGAUUAGACAGUAUAAUGGUCAUCAUAAAGCAGCUGUAUGUGUUGCAUUAAACGAUUUGUCAGUCGGGUACUCGUAA